AUGUCGGAUACCUUGGCGAAUCUAAAAAGGCGGGCCUCCAGAAAGGUUGUGGAGCUAUACCAUCUGGAAUGCACACCCGACACCUAUGCCCCGAACGACACCAAACUUUUCGCGUCAAAAUACAAAAUCCGCGACAUUCUGUUUGACCUCCUAGACAUGCUUAAACAGUCCGGCGAUGAUCUAACUUCCUCCGAGUCCACUCUUUUAUGGUCCUUUUUUAACCUCAAACUCGCCACAACUUUCAUAGAGACAGAGGAGAAACAGGAAGCGCCCUCCUCAUAUCACGAUGCAGAUGAGAAGAACACGGAUGCCGAGUCUACGGCUCUGUACUGGUUGCGCAGGGCGGAGGCGGUCUUCCGCAUCUAUUCCCGCGUCUUUGGAGGUGCCAUUAGAGGCAGCGCGCCUGAGUGUUGGGAAAGUUUGGGUUUCUUUGACAGUCUGGAUGUCAGCAACCCCGGCACCGACAAAGACACCACUGAGUUGGUGAAGGAGAUAAUGUUUGAAACAGGCUACACUACCACUCUAUUCAUGCUCGCUCAA